AUGGUGCCGGCCAAUCAGCCAACUUGCAAUGCAUCGUCCGCCAAUGAGAUGAACGACGACAGCACGUCAACACAUCAGUAUGUCGUUGCAAGUGGUAAUCAACCUACGUCAACCACGUCAUUCCCUCAGUAUCAACCAUGUCAGGUUCAGGUGGUUAAUUUGGCUACCGAUCUUGAAACUGCAGUCAAUGGUAAUGACCAGAAAUCGUAUAUAUUGAUACCAAAUGCACAGCAAACAUUUCAGCUCAAUGGGAAUUCUUUGCAGGUACUGCCUAGUAAUGUUCAAGUGAUCAAUUUGAAUGAUGUUGCAUCAUAUAUUACUUUACCCAGUUCACCCUCGAUAUCUGUUAGCGAGCAAAACCAGCAACCUUCAACUUCUUCACCCAUCUUAAGCUCGCCGUUCCUUUUCACAGAUGCUAAAGGAAUUGAUAUUGCAAAUGUCGUUCAGCUUCUAGCUACACAGGGAGCGUCAAACAGUUCUGCUGUUAAACCAGAUGAAGAGCCGCUUUAUGUUAACGCCAAACAGUAUCACAGAAUUUUGAAAAGAAGAGCAGCUCGAGCAAAGCUAGAAAGUGAAGGGAGAAUUCCCAAGGAAAGGCGGAAAUAUCUCCACGAGUCCAGACAUAAACAUGCAUUGACGCGCGUGAGAGGUGAAGGGGGAAAGUUUGAUCGUGGUUCGCGUAGUUCGCCAGUCCCAGAGUCAUCGCAACAGCAGCGACUAACAGAGCAGGUACGCACAGUGUUCCGGCCUGCUUACAUUGAUUGUGGACCAUCAAAGAAUUCAGAAUCGGCAAAUAUGGAUAAUCGAUAA